CGGUUUCCAGUCUAGAUAUAAUAUAGAUCUAGUUUAUAAUUUAUAAAGAUCUAGAUCUAGAUGUAUGAUCUAUUGUAUACAGUAUACAUUAAGUAUCCUAGAUUUAUAUGAUAAUAAUAUGAUUUAUAUGAGUCUAUGAUCUAGAAGUACAAAUCUAGUUGUAUCUAGUGGAAUAAAAUCCAGAUUUUUUUUAAGAUUUGGAUAGAAUAGAGUACUACUAGUACUAGAGAUUAAUUAAAUCUAGACUAGUCUAGAUUCUAGAUUAUAUCUAGAUCAUAGUCAUACUCAUAGAUGUCGAAAAUAUUGUGAUACUGAUUUUAGGUUUAAAUUAAAAAUGUCUCGGAACAUAGAUCUGGAUUUAGAUUAUAAUGUAGAUAGGAGAUCUACUAUAUUAGAUCUAAAUCAAGAAUCCACUGAAGAAUUAUUUAAUGUUUUAAUAUCAGGAAGUAACAAUCUUAGGGACAUAAGAGCUUUGUUAAGCAGGGGAGCUAAUCCUAAUUGGAUCAGUAUCGAUCAUGGUGUUUCUGCCAUGCAUUUGGCUGCAGGAAAAGAUUUUUCAAUUACACAGCUGUUGUUGCAGUUUGGCGGAAACCCUAAUAUAAUUAAUUCAGAAAAUUAUACACCUUUACAUGUCGCAUCAUCAUGGGGUGAUAUUAGCACUGUAGAACAACUGUUACAGCAUGGGGCAGAUGCUAAUCUUCAAGAUUUGGAUGGUAAGACACCUUAUGACUUGGCCGAAGAAGAAGGUCAAGAGAAGUGUGCUUCUUUGCUUAAAAGCCACAUUUAUAAGUCGGUGCUUGAAAAUUAUAGGUCUCAAAGUAUUAGAGCAUUUGAGCACAGAAACGAAAAAAAAUCUAUAACACAACAAGUCUUUGAAUAUUGUUCAAAUGAUGGGCUGCAAAAUUCUAUCAAAGUAUCUGAUGUCUCAUUGUUGAAUAAUUACACUCCAGAUAAAAUAAGACCUGAAACAGAUUUGUUGCAGCACAAAAUAAACAAACAAUGCUAUUUACCUAAUCAGAAAAUGGUUAGUCCUCUACAAAAGGUAGCGGACUUUAUUCUUUCUUCAGAAAAUUUUAACAGGAAAUGUUCCAUUUCAAAAACUAAUGAAAGAAAAGAAUACCUGGAGGCUGCAGAUACUUCUUUUUCAUCUUACACGACAUGUUGUGAAGUGCUAGAUGACGCUUGUGUUAGUCCUUCUUUAGAGCUUAGAAAAUCCAAUAUUCAGAAAUAUGCAUUGUUGAAUGGACAGAAUACAGUGAAAGCUGAUUGCCUAGAGUGUCGUGAUAGAACUACAUUAGAUGAAAUUGAUAUAUCUUUUAGUGAGACAAUUAAGACACCUUUGAAAAUGAUGGAAUCAAAAUUAAAAGAAAAAUAUAUGAAUAUAUCCCAAGAUUUCAAUAACAGUCUCUUUAGUACAAUAAGUGUGAAAGACUAUAAUCACCAUGAUGCUGACAGUGACAUUACAUUUAUUGAAAGACAUCUAGCAUCAGACUAUAGUAAUGAUGAAAAAAGUAUUGGUGAGUCAUCCAGUAUUGAAAUUACAGCUUUAAAGUCCUUUUGUGAAGUUCAAGACUCUUCACAAAAAAAACAGUCACAUAAAGAUUGGAAUAAGUGCGCAUUGUCUUCUACUUUACAAACCUUGACUUGUCAAGAAAUAUCACAGAGAUUAAAGGCCUAUGGCCAAGUUUGUGGUCCAAUUACUGACUCAACAAAAAAUAUAUAUUUACAUAAACUUGCUUUGCUAGAAACUAAAGUCUCAGCACCUUUAACGAGUGAAAAUGAUGAUUAUCCACCAGAAAUGGUCCAAGCUCUAAAUGGAACAUUUGAUGUGAAUGGACUACAUGACCUAGAACUAAAACUGGUUGAGUCUUUUAACUCAAUCAUCUACAGUCCUCAAUGGCGAGAAGGUUCUGAAAAAUCAUCGUUUACUUAUAUUCUUUUGGAUCCAAGAAUUACUCAAAAUCUUCCUCUCAGAGCUAAAAUUUUAAGUAACUUAGAAGUGUUCAAGACUUUUAUUUUAGCUAUAUUCUACAUUGGCAAGGGUAAAGCCUCACGGCCAUAUAGUCAUCUUUAUGAGGCACAUUCUCAUUUAACAAGGAAUUCUACUAAGAAAAGUUCCAAAAUAGACAAAAUUGUCAAUAUUUGGACUUCAGGAUUGGGUGUUGUAUCUGUUCAUUGUUUUCACUCAACUAUACCUGUGGAGGCUUAUACUCGUGAAGCAUGCAUGAUUGAGGCCAUAGGUAUCCACAAGUUGACAAAUAUAAAGAAAGGAGACUUCUAUGGAAUUUCUUCAUCAUGGCCAUUACAGCUAAAAAGAAAAAUGGGUGUCUACCUGUUACAAAAGUCUCUACAAAUAUUUUUAUCAGAUGGCGAACGGCAGAUAUGUUUACCAGAUCUGAAAAAAAGAACCUAAUGACGAAUGUUUACCUAUAUCAUUUUGUGUCAUAUGAUGUGCCAUAAUAGGACCUAAGGUAGAAUUAGUUACGUCUGGGCUUGAGCUUAAUUUUUAAUGGAAUGGUAAUAAAGUAUGCCAUAAUUAUUAUCAUAUUUUGAAAUAGUUAUCCAAAAAGCAGGUGUGGUGAGCCAUAGAUAAUGAAAAUACCUGUCACCAAUGUGAGAUGAGAGGCAAACACAAUGACUGUUCAGCUUUACUUCGUUACUACUCAUUUCAGUUUGUACUUAGGGGUUGAUUUGUGGAAAUCCUAAAUUUUGUAUUUCCAUAGGAUUUGAUAUUGAGAUUCUUAAUUUGGAAGCCUAACACUUAACCACUAUUCCAACUUAUCUCUUUAAGUUCAUCUGUGAACUGAUUUUCGAGCGAGCUCAACUCAUUUCUUGACUUCCUAAUACCUAGAAAAAUGUUGUUCAUCCCCAAGUUUUAAUCAGCUGAACAGUGAAAUCAACUUGCCUCUUCUACAUUUCCAAUCUUUGUUGCAUGUCUUACACCUUCAUUGGAACACUAACAUUAUGAGAUGCCAAUUGAAUUCUACAAAUAAAUCCACAUUCAAAGUUUAUAAUAGAUAAUGAUAAAGUCAUAGCACAGUUCUGUGAAAGAAUGUACCGGUACAAUAAUAUUCUUAAUACUUAACUCAAAAUCUAUUAGUCAUACAUAACGUUUAAUUAAACUCCUAUUCUCAGUACUCAACUUACAGAUCAUACUAACUAAACAUAUCUCCUCUAAGUCAAAACAAAAUGUAAAUCUACAUCACUUGGCAUUGAAACAUCUCACACAUUUUAGAAUAUACAUAUACACAAUUUUAGAUUGACUAGUUAUUUGACUCUUCUAAGUUCAGUUACAAAUAUUCAAAUUUAAUGUAGGGUGAGUCAUAACUUUAUAUUAGAUAAAUCAGUGAUUUAUCAUCAGUUCAUGACAGAAUUUUUUCACUAUUUUUACAAAGCUUAUAUCAACUCACACUGUAGAUGAAUUCUUGUACACUUAUGUCUUCCAUUUCCCAUUCUUGGAUCAAAUGAAAAGUAUGCACAAUUUUUCAUUGUCGAUGACAGCAAAUGGAUUUAUAUAAAAAAACAACAACAAUGAAUCAGUUAGUGGUAAUUGAUUAAUUUUGUUUUAUAUAGUAAGUACUUAACUAUGGGUAGAUGAACCUUGUGUAGACAAUUAGGUCGUUCGCUAAUUUUAAUAUGUAGCCUUUUUUUCCGGACUAAAAAAAACUAAUUUUUUAAGUAGCUGAGUGGCUAACUAGUCUGCCUUCCAUCUUGGAGGCUCGAGACUUCAAAUUCAGAUUCCAUUAACUUUUUAUUACUGAUACCUUCUCCAAACUGGUUUACAGAUGUUAGGACCAUAGCGCACUGAGCUAUACGCAUGACAGUUGCGCUAAACAAGAACAAUUAAUAAAAAAUAUGCGCCAAGAUGAGUCACAGGUUUUGGUUCCGUCUUGAGACGGAGUAGAAUCUGGAGUGACUGGUGAAGCCAAUUUUGGAGCGGCAGAUUUUGCUACAGUUCGUGCAUAUAUUCAUCUGUUUUUGGGCUAGCUGAUAGUGCAGCUUACUUUCUCUUGACUAAGGCAGCCUUGUUUCUUUUGCUCUCGGCGAGGUUCGUACCAGCACGCAGUGUCUCUCUACUACUGUCCGGUCUUCGCUAUCUCCUACCACAUACUUUCAUUGAUGUCUGUGGUUCAUGUAUCGCUUGCAAACAUCUCUUUAGGCUACUUUUGGCUGGGCAUAUAGAGAUUUCUUUAGGGAUUCUUUCAUCUGGCAUGCGGGUGACCACAUGUCCAAGCCAGCGUAGUCUUCUCUGUGUCAGAAGAGCAUUAUUGAGUAAGUGAAAGCUUAAGUUCUUGACGCAUGUAUGUUGCCCAGCUCUCACUACCAUAAAGAAGAGAGCUCACAACACAGGCAUUGUAAGACUAGGAUUUUGGUUGUCAUAGUCAAUUUGGCAUUUUCUCAGACGCGCUUGGAGAGUUUUGCCAUUGCUGCAGAAGCCUUUCCUAUUCCUAUUGUCAGCUUAGUUUCUCAAUCUAGGUUUGCUGGCAAUAGUUGUUCCCAACAUAUUAAACAUAAAUAAACAGCUGCACCAGGGACCAAGUUUUUAAAUGAGUGAAUAAAUGCGACGAAAAUAAGAGACUGCGCCGACCAAGGCUCGAACCAGUGACCCUGGAAACGACAACACCGCGAUAACGCACUAAGCGAACUUAGCCUCUAGACCAUCGGAAUGUCCAAAAAACCUAACCUUCUGGCCCAGAGUCAUUUCGCCCGUAUGCAAAUUGCAAUGGUCACAUGCCCUAGCUAGCCCCUCCCCCACCUCGCCACAUCCGUUCACCAACAACUUUAAUAGAGCUGACACAGAUAGCCGUUACCCAUGUCUUAGACAAACAAAGCAUUCACAAGCCUUUGUAAUCCUUCUUUUGAAUGAGAUAUGAGUGCCGCAUCAUCGACGAACAGCAGUUCCCCAAUCAAGAUACGCCGUCUCUUCGUUUUUUACUUUAAGGCGUGCCAGGUUAAAAAGCUUUUCAUCGGAUCUACUGUGGAUAUAUACUUCAUCUUCCAGGGAUUUAAAAGUGCUGGUGAGUACAACUGAAAAGAAGAUGCCGAAUAGUGUUGGAGCCAGAACACAUCCCUGCUUUACUCAGCUCUUUGUUGAAAAUGGCCUAGAGGCGGAACUGUCUAACUGUACAGUGCUCUGCAUAUUUUUAUGAAAAGCUGACACUAGUUUCCGUAGCUUGUUAUAUAGCAAAAAGACCGGUUUCUCCUGUAGCUGCCCCAGGGAGAAAAUCAUAUUUGUUGUGGAUCUACCCCCCCCCCCUUUUUUAAAUCCGCAGUACGAUUCGUUCCGCCAAAAACUACAGCCGAUUCCUCUAGCAUAAUCCUUUUCAACUAUGCUAAGAAGUGAAAUGCCCCUAUAACUGUUACAAUCCGAGCGGUACCCUUUAUUUUUAUAAUAAAGUUUGAAUCCUUCAAUUCCUGGAAGACCAUUCCUUCUUCCUAGGACAAGCUUAUCAGUUAAUGGAGAGGCUUGAUCGGGGCAUGCUUUCCAGCCUGAAUGGCUGACGGUUAGAACAAAUUAAUAACAUUAUUGAUUCAAAGCAAUUGAUUCAAUUUCACUUAACAAUUAAUAACAAUAUUUCGAAUCUGAAAAAUGUAUGUUAGUUUAGAUUUAUUAAAAAUUAUUACAUGAUUGAUUCAAAAUAAUUGAUACAAGUUCACUCACUAUAAGCUAUUUUUCAUGCUAAAGAUAUAUAAAUUCUAACACACAGUUUCAAAAAUAUUGCAGAGAUGAAAGUCUACGUAUAAGUCAUAAAUUUACAUCAUGUUAUAAACUUUUGGCUCAUAAUAUUUCUAUUAAGAUUUGUACCAUAAUUUGUAUCUUACAUUUAAUUAUUUUUUUUUAACAAACCAGUGGCGUCACUCUGGUGUGUGUCAUACCCCUCCUCCAAAAAUAUUUCCCGUUGGUUUGUUCUUUUGUUGAACCAUAAAAUUGGUUUACAUUAAUAGAUGGUUAGACCUCUAGAAAAUGAUUGUCCAUUUUAUUUUAAAAGUUCCUUGUUUAUGACAAUUUAUUAACAUGUAUUAAAAUGUAUGAUUAAAAAUUUAAAAAAGGUUUUAACUGUU